GCUGCUCUGUGCAUUUCCAGCUGUCCCCUGGCAAGGCCCCCUAGGAGCCAUGUCGGAAAAGCUGCGGAGAUGCCGCAAGGAGCUGACGGCCGCCAUUGACCGCGCCUUCGAAGGGGUCCGGCAGUCCCGGGAGGGCGCCGUCGGCCCGGCCCGGCCCGAGCCCGACGCCGCCGCCGUCCCGCCGGCCUGCUCGCUGCCCCUGCACCGGCUGCUGUGCCGGCGACACCCGCAGGCCUCCUGCCCCGCCGCCCCCAGCGCUCCCGACCACGACAGCCCUGCCUUCGCCCCGCACGCCGGCCCCGGGCCCGCGCAGGCCAAGCUGCCGGCCCUGGGCCCCAAAAGGAAACCUCUGAGCAGCAAGGAGAAUGUCCUGAUGCACCCGUCGUCCAUGGCGGCCCCUGCCGAAAGAGCGUUUUGGAGAGCCGCGGGAGAUGGGGAAAGCUGGAGAAAAGAAAGCUUAAGAUUAUCUAACAAUGAAUUCUCCAGUCUUUUCUUGAAAGAGGACUUAAUGCCUCACCUUUCCUCCCCCCGUCCCCUGCCUGGGGACUGCAGGAAAGAUACAGAGAGAGAUUUGAAAGUUGACUCAAACAUGAUGCUCAACGGGUCUAGCCAAGAGGUCACUAAGGAUCUGCUUGAUAUGAUUGACCAUACAAGCAUCCGAACUAUUGAAGAACUUGCUGGAAAACUAGAAUUUGAAAACGAAUUGAACCGUGUAUGUGGUCGCUGUCAAGAUUCACCUUUUAAGGAGGAAGCCUGGGCCCUGCUUGUGGAUGAGAGUCCCCAGAAAGCCUCAGAUGCUGACCCCGGAAGCCUCAAACAGGCUUUCGAUGACCAGAAUAUUAUCGAGACUGUGCUAGACUUGGAAGAGGAUUACAAUUUAAUGACCUCUUUUAAAUACCACAUUGAAUAAGAAAAGUUUUAUUUCAGCUUUUAUUUAACCUGCAUGGCAGGAAGCUACUAAGUUGCCUGUGGAGAAGCAGUCUCAGUGUUCAUUAAGAGUCAUGGUUUUCAAAGGGUUACCAUGCCCUUUUUAUUCAGUUGUAUCCCUUUUUGAGCUAAGAACCCAGUUUUUGUACUCUGUGGCUUUGAGAUGUUCCUAUACUAUUUAUUUUUUGGAUUUAACAUUUUGUAAAUGUUCUUUUUUAAAAAUGUUUAAUACAACUAGUAUCUA